AUGGCGAUGCUUCUUGCGCCUUACAACAACUCCAUGCGCCUGGGACAAGGUUUCAAUUCAUUCACACAGCAGAUAUGCAUGACUGAUGCAGUCACUCAGGGCACCCACGAUGUCCCUUCCCCGUACUCGGAAGAUCAGCAGCCUAAGGGGAUCAGUCAAAUUGUUUCGUACUCAUCUCGCUUCGUUGAUAAGCUCAGCGAUGUGACUGAUUUGAUGAACGUAUCAGCUUCCUUGUCCAUAAAAACAGGAACAAUAGGUGGAGCCGUUAGCGGAACGUACAUUGACUCUGAUAAGUUCAAGGCCAGCGAUUUUAACUUCUUCAUCCAAGUCAAGGUGACGAACCAAACACAUAUGGCGCGCGACUAUACACAGUUCCAGAAACUAAAAAGUUUUCCACUUACUAGAUUCACUGAGAUAUAUGGUGAUUCAUUCAUAUCUGGAUGGGAGGAAGGUGGAGAACUCAAUGCACUCAUAUCAGUCAAAGUAAAUGAUAAAUCCAAGAUAACCACGAUCAAAGAUGUCAACUGGAGCGGUGGUGGCCAAAUCAAGGACCCAAACGUCAUUUGGGACAUCAACAGUCUUACUCUCGCCGCGGCGAAUUUUACAGAUCUUGUCGCAAUGACACCACAACGCACUUAUGCGAUUUUGACAAAGUACACAUCUCUGAAAAGUUUUCAUGAUACAAUGGGCUUCUUUUCUCCGCUUGACUAUGAAAACGCUGGUAUCUAUACGGGCGCGCUUUUGGAUGCUUACAUGGAUUACAAAUCAAUCUGGAAGCAUAUUCAGAUCCUGAACUGGAAAUUCGAAUCUGGAACUACUGAAUUAUUCAAAUCUGAGCCCACCCAGGAGCUCCUAACCUACGCCAAAGAGUGCACCAAAGAGCGCGAGUCUGUACCUAAGCCUGCUAAUCAAGACACGACAUUAACCCAUACCAUUUACGAGCAUCCAGAGGGCUCCGAGCAUUCGUCGGACCUGCAAUCCAAAAAGCCUACUUUCAAGCCGAACGUCUUGCUGUGUGAACCCUACAGUCCUUCGAUUGUAGGGUUGAGCAAGGCCAGACGCGAUUGUCGGCUCGAGAUGACGAAAAUCGUUCACGAAGUUGAUGCCGUCACAGCGGAUCCAAGCAUUGCACUUCAGCCAGAUCGUGUAGGCAUCUACUUGGCCCCUUCGAUCUUCAGGCAAUUGCUUCCUGUAAAUAAGUCACCCCAAAGAAGCACUGGAAAGGUUACUCCAACUCUACCAUCGAUUUAUCCUGAGUUUGAUGAGCUCAGAGCCAGCAUAUCCAAACACGCUUCUCGCUACGAGCAAUUCCGACUUUCAGGAUAUCUGGGCGAUGACCUACCCCAGCCCGGAAGUGUAUUCUUCAACAGCCUCGAUAUUCUCGAGGAUACAUGGAUGCCAAAAAGUAUCACCAUCUACUAUGACAACUACCACCUCUUCGGCAUCAAAACCAUAUACAAUGAUGGAAGAGAGAUCCUUAAUGGCGACGACAAGGGCCUUCAACCCACAACGGUGGAUCUGGUCGCACACGAAAAGAUCGACGGUGUCAAGAUUGAGAGCCACAGCAGCUUAGGUAUGAACAGUAUCGCAUUCAUUGAUUCUGUGACUAUUUCAUCAACUGUUCCAGGUCAACCUGGUCCAACUAUUAACGAACGCACAAUUACACCGUCAAAACAAUCUGGAUCUUAUGUGCAUAGCAGAGAUGAGAAAUCACCUGCAGAAGGCUGGAAUCUGCGGGGCUUCUACGGUUCGUACAGCCCCGGUGCGGGAAUCCAGCAGCUCGGUCUAGUCUGGGGGAAGAGUGCGUAG